AAUCAACCCAUCAACGCACGUUUUCUCCAAAUGGGCAUCUGCCAAAAAUCUCAGAACCCAAUUUUGGAUGUUCAUCUGGAAUUUCAAGAAAUCCUCACAAGAUUGAGGUUUUGUUAAAUUCUUAUGUAACUUCAUAUCUCACAAAUGGAUACAAAUCAAGAUAGUCCUCACAUAAGGGCGCAGCUUGAAGAUGAAGGAUCAGUUUUGAACUCAAAUCUCUUCUUGGAACAUGUCGGAGAAGUCUCUCUCACUCUUAAUUCUGAUGGCUUGUCCUGGAAAUUGCUGGAGUCCUUACAUAAUGAGAAGGAUGGAUUAUCUUGUUUGGGCAUAAAAUUCAUUUCGAAAAGUGAAACGGAGAUCAAAUUUUCUGAUGUGUAUGCUGUUGAGUUCAUUAACUGGGGUUUGAUUCAUGAAUCAGUUCUUUCAAAUGCUGGAGGAUGUCUGAUACGUCAUGAAUCUGAGAUGUACCGUUUCACAGUGCAUGGUGUCCAAAGAUCAAAAACUAGACCUUCUCUUUUGGUUUUGGCUGUGUACACCUUUGGUCACAAGGAUUUGCAGACGUGUCAUAUGUGGGUGAAUCGAAUCAAUGCUUUACUGAAGAUGGAAACUGGGAGACCUAAGAGCCUUCUUGUUUUUGUUCACCCAUUGAGUGGGAAAGGAAAUGGCUGUAGAACUUGGCAAACUGUGGCUCCUAUAUUUUCACAUGCUAAAGUGAAAACAAAGGUGAUAGUGACACAGAGGGCAGGACAUGCAUUUGAUGUGAUGGCCUCUAUUUCAAAUGAGGAACUUAAUUCACAUGAUGGGGUCAUAGUGGUGGGUGGUGAUGGUUUCUUUAACGAGAUCCUCAACGGACUUCUCUCUUCAAGGCUUAAAGCUCCUUAUCCACCAGCUCCUGCAGACUUUGUUCAUUCUGUUGGGAGUAAUGACAGUGUCCUGGUUCAUGAUCCAAAUGAAACAGAUGUUGAAACUUCCUGUGAAAAUGAAGACCACUCUCCUCUUCUAUCAAGUCCAAGAAGUAACCCUAUUGAGUUAUCAAAUCUCAGAACUGAAGAGGGAUCUUGUGAUAGAGAUCAAGAUUCCAAGUUUUCCCUACCAAAUGAACGCUUUAGAUUUGGAAUUAUUCCUGCAGGUUCAACUGAUGCCAUUGUGAUUUGUUCCACUGGAACUCGAGAUCCUGUAACAUCUGCAUUGCACAUUGUCCUUGGUAAAAGAGUGUGCCUUGAUAUAGCUCAAGUUGUGAGAUGGAAAACAACUACUACAUCAAAAGAUGUACCUUGUGUACGCUAUGCAGCUUCAUUUGUCGGGUAUUUCUCAUUAUUACAGCAGUUAGAUAUCUGUUGUUCAACCUUCUCUCUCUUUUUUUUUUUUUUUCCAUGGCUUGGAUGAGCUUGAACUAUUCAUCAGGCUGAAUCCUUGACCUAGAGUAUGUGAUGAAAAACAACUUUUACUACCUGGCUUCUAUUGCUGGGUAUACCCAAUUUUGGGGAAAAUUAUGUUAAAGUGUACUGUUUUGAAAUUAAUGAAAAAAAAAAAAAAAAGACUCCCAAGAGCAGAACUUUAGUUUUCAUUAAUUCUGAUUGAAAUAAUCCCCAUAACCCAUUUGAAGACUUCUAUUAUGCAGGUUUUUUACAUGUCUAAAAUGUCCUCAA